AUGGGCACGCCGGAGUUCCCCGACCUGGGGAAGCACUGCAGCGUCGGCGACUGCAACCAGAUCGACUUCCUCCCCUUCACUUGCGACCGCUGCGACCAUGUAUUUUGCCUUCAUCACCGAAGUUAUACAUCACACCAAUGCCCAAAUGCAAAUAUGAAAGAUGUCACUGUCCUCAUCUGCCCACUCUGUGCUAAAGGUGUUCGCCUCAAUCCAAGUGAAGACCCAAAUAUCACCUGGGAUACUCAUGUUAACACUGAUUGUGAUCCAUCAAAUUACCAAAAAGUGACGAAGAAAAAGAAAUGCCCUGUUCCUGGGUGCAGAGAGACACUGACAUUUUCCAACACCAUCAGAUGCAAAGAUUGCACCAAAGAACACUGCCUAAAGCAUAGAUUUGGGCCUGAUCAUAAGUGCCCAGGACCAAGAAAAGUGGAUUCUGGCUUUCCCUUUGUAAGCAUGCUAAGGAGAAGUCAGAAAGCAGAGACACGCUCAAAUAGCAGUAACAACAAUGGCUCUUCAUGGUGGAGCUCCAGUCUUGUGAAUGCAGCAACGAAUUUCAAAUCGUCAGCCGAAGCUGGAAUGCAGAAGCUGAGCACUGUGACUAGCCAAGCCUUCCAGAAGGCAAAGGAUGGGAUGUCCCCAAAUAGCAGCAGCAGCAGUGGUGACCUUGUGGAGCAAUGUGUUCACUGCCCAGCAAGAUUUUCCACCGUGGGGGCCUUAAUUGAACAUGUUGAGAAAUCCCACCAGAUGAACUCACAACCAAGUCAUGGCCGGGUGACGAUUGAUGUUUGCCCAAAAUGCAGCAAGGGGUUCCGAGAUCCUGUGUUGCUUGUGGAGCAUGUCGAGAGGGAACAUGGAGGAACGUCAAGAGUGUAA